AUGUCGCUUACUCCGCGAUCAGAUCUCUCAGUGGGUACCAGAGUACAGGCACAAACUGCGGUGAUUCCCUUAGCUAGGAAGAAGGGCGUGACUUCUGCACAUGUUGUGGGUAAGAAACUGACCACCUUGAUAGAUCAAAACCCGAAUGAGUUCUGGGAAGCAGCUCAGCACGAAUUCGGCGUUGCAUUGCAAAGUAUGUCACUUGAUUUGAUGGAUUCUUUAGAUGCACGACUUGAUUCUCUUGGUAGAAAGGUAACAAGGCUAGAGAUCACUACAAAGGAAAUUGUUGCCAUCCGAGAUGCACGCGCAUACGCGCGAGAGACUGAGUCUACAUUCACCGCAGAACAGGAAAGGGCUGAAAAGUCACUUCUAGCCCAGUGGCUUCGCAGCUUUGUGCAUCGACUCCCGAAGGUUCGCCGAAAACCCGCCCUUGAACAUGCAAUAGAAAUUGGUCUUGGCCUUGAUGCAGUUGACUUUGCUUUUUGUCGGUACGCCUUGAAUAUUGCUAUUUGUUCCUCUCACGUGUCCCAACAAAAAAUUAUUUCAUCAAGAAUUCCAAACGUCCUCGUGGGCAUGGUAGAUGGUGCUAAUGCAUCCAUGGCUAUUUCAGACGCUUCAGCGUUAGUUGUUGGGCCGUCUCUAAUGGCUUUAGCCCACAUCGCUCGUGCAGAUGGCCCCGCGCGUGAGGCAAUCGCCGAGGCAAAUAGACGGCGUUUCAUCAUUUCUAUGGCACUCCUUCCGACUUGGCAGGGAAAUCUUUAG